AUGAUGGAGAUGGAAGGUCAAAUCAACAACAACACUUAUGAGCACGUAGUCAACACGAUUUUUGGAACAGGAGACAUUGAAGUGGUGACUUCGUUUUUCAAAGUGAAUUUGAGUGAAAUCCUCCACAACAUGGGAUUCGAUGACAGGAUGGGACUUGAUGCCGCACAAAAGCUUAGCCACAAGCUUGUCUGUGGCCACACGUCCCGGCACUAUCAGUUACAGAUUUGUGGCACAGAAAACCCGACCAGACGUUUUGGAGAAGUGAAAUUAGUCGCUCCACCUGGAAACUACGGAAACAAAGGAACAAUGUACUCAUACUACAAAGUUCCAAAAUUCGUAGUUUUCACUGAUGGAGGUCCGGUGUCGGCUAUCAGUUGCCAGCCGUUUGGAAAUUAUUACAAUUGCAUCGAGUCAAAGGGAAAUUGUGGAUACAACACAUACAAGAGAUGUCCAGUCAAGCGAGUUCACACUCCAAAUAGUGUGUACGCUACGGAGUUGGGCGAUGCGACAGUGGUGGCCAGCGCUGUUGAUCACUAUUCGGUGUAUGAAAAUGGAUCCGACAUCGCAUUCACGGACCACAAGUUCCCGGCGUCGGGGCAACUUUUGAUUCGCGCUCCACACACUACAAAGAUUCGGAUUGGUAAUAUUACAAUUCAAGGACGGCACGAUUUCAUGGAAUUGAAAGAAGUCCAUGUAUCUGAACAAAUCCCUCAACUGGAUCAUGCCAAACUUGAAGAGUGGAUGAACGAUGAUGAUGCUAUUGACAAGGCUUUCUCAGAUUUAGAGAAGGAACGGAUGCAUGCCAAUGUCGAGUUCGAGUGGGGAUUGGACUCAAUACUCCAUUGGUUCAAAUCCAGGGUGGCUGAAUUCAUCUCGGCACUCAAGAUAUGUGCAGCCGGCGCAAUUGUAAUAUUUAUUAUUUAUUGUCUCCGCUGCUGCUACAGAUGCAGCAAAAAGGCAACACUUUUACCAAAUUGA